AUGCCGCUCGAGCUCCAGAUCUUCGUCCGUGGCAAGUGCUGCCACAGCCACAGCGAUGCUGCGUUCCCGCCACCGCCGCCACCACCACCACCGCCGGGUCCAAUCGACCCAAACAACCUCGACAUCGUCGUGGACCUGUACGCUCAGUCAACCAACAACCCAGGAGUACAGUCACUUAUCAGCGAUAGGGACGACACAGGUCCACCGCAGUACUCGUCGCGGCUCUGGCGCCACGCCAUCCGCUGUCUGCUGGACGGCAACUGGAACGCCGCCACGCACCCCCUUUCGGCGGCAGGGCAAGGCCACGCGGAGAUCGAGGUUUGUGAUGGCGUCUGCCUCACAAUACAAACUCAGAUCGUCCGUGAUGCUGGGGGGCUGCGUGUGCGUGUUCGUGCCACGUCGGAGCUUGGUGUCGUGGGCGAGAUCUGGGUGCGCCGGUACUAG